AUGGCACCUUACCUAUGCCUGAAGCAACCCACCAUGACCAUGAAGCCUGGGAUCAAAGCAACAUCAAUAUCAUGGAUCCUGAACACUCUUAUCGACUCUAUAGCUGAAGCAACUAUGGACAAUGAAACUGCCCAGGAUCUCUGGAAAGACCUCCAGGAGCGGUAUGGCGAAGUGGAUUCAAUCUGCUUAGCUAAUGUUCGAGCUCAAAUCUCAACCUGCAAACAGGGCACCACCUCUGUUACUAACUACUACAACAUAUUAGAAGUCCUUUGGAAGGAGUACCUCUCUUUCAAAUCAAUCCCUACUUGUGAAUGUGCUACUACUCCACAUACCAUCUAUUGUGUCACUUAUGUUUUUGUGAACCAGGAACAAGACCACACCAUUGACUUCAUUACUGGUCUAAAUGAAAAUUUUGAGAUGACCAAGAACCAACUCCUGCUCAUGGACUCUGCUCCCGACCUGAAGUCUGCCUAUAAAUAUGCCUUGAAGCUUGAAAGACAAAUGGGCAAACAAUCUCUGAAAGACAGUUCAGGGGUUGAUUUAGUGGCUUUAGCUGUGUCUCAGCAGCCCAAGGGUAAGGAUCCACGAGGGCAUCCAACAACUCCACCACCACUCUACGCCUCUCCAAUGAUGACUGCACCAUACUUUUGA